UCAUCACAAGUGACCAGUGACCAGUGACCAGUGACCUUUGUACUGGACACAUGUACACUUGGCUGCAGUCAUUCCAGACAUCCUCUCGUAUCAUCUCGUCCUCCCUUGUAUCUACAGUUAGUUUUUCCUCUACUUCUCUGACCAUGUCAGAAAAUUUCCAAAAUCCAUCUGCACUUGGAACCCAGAAUUCUCUUCAGCUCUCUCUUCCUGCUGUGAGCAACGCAGCUUCCCUCACAGAAAGUGUCUGCAACUUCUCCAGGGUCUCUGCUCCAGCCCUCAGUUCAGCAUGGCAAUUGCCAGCGGGCUCCGACACCUCUUUCAAGCCACUCAUGAGUAGUGCCUACCUUUACCAACAUCCCAGCACAACUAUGUUAUCUGGAGUCACUGGCCAGAGCCAGCUCUCCACCUCAGCUGCUUCCUAUCCGGGUGUUUUUGAGUGGAACAUCACAGGAAGCACUGAAAGGAAGUCUUCUUCACUUGGAGACUUCACUGUGACAGUCAUUGACCAAGACACAGCUGUCUCCUCCAUGUCUAUGGCAGCCCAGUAUGACAAAACAUCAGACAUCAAUAGCAUGGUCCCUCUAUAUCCACCUCUUUCUGCCAGCCUUGUUCAGGGAACACCAUCUCAGGUUCCAAAUCAGGGACACAGCCUGUCACUUCCCCACCAGGGAGGAGGCCAGGAAUAUUACUAUCACCAAGGCACACUGGGGCCUUUACUAUCUGAGGAACUUGGCCCCUGCCUGCAGUCCUAUGGCUCUGUGUCGUAUGCAGGAAGCAGGACCUCUGCCCAGCCAGAAAUGGUCAUGGUACUAAAGGAGAUUCAGCCCACAAAUAUCCUACCACCAGCUUCUACCUCUGGAGUCUACUACUCUGUGUCUGCUCAGCCCAUCACAGACACAGGUUUUCAAGUGAUGGAGACUUCCCUGAGGAUGGAAAAUUCCCUGGGAUCGCAACCUCCAAGCCAGACAUUUUGUCUGUCAGAAACUUCAGAAUUCCCCAGGUCCUGCAUUAGCAGAAAUAUCCAGAUCCUUGAGAGUAAUCCACCACUUGAACUUGGGGACGUUUCAAUGAUAGCUCCAGUCCAGAGUGCCAGUAAUCUCCUGGCAUUGCCUCCAGCUCCAAGCCAGGAACAAACAGAGAAUAAGAAUUUGGAUGAUAUGAAAACUAAGUUUUCAAAGCCUCUGGAUGAUGCUUACCAGAUCCCAAUAGAAAACCAGGAUCCUCCACUAGUCCCUUUAGAAAUCUCUGAUAUUCACGAGCUCCUGGCCAGCAUUGAUCCCCUCAGCCAAGAGGAGCAACUUGUUUCUGAAAAUGUGAAUCUGGGAAAGAAUAGCCUGAGUUUUGAGGACUUGGGGACACUUGAAAAUGAGUUUGAAUCUAGCAGUGGCUUUGCAGACAUUGCUACACUGGUGAAGGAUAUUCACCUUCCCCAGUUCUUUCAGUCUUUGAAAGACCUUGACCAAGCCGAAGCUCCAAAGUUGAUCACAGCCAAAGAUACCAGCACUGUUAAGGUGAAUCAGGUGCAGGAAAAGCCAAAUGUCAUAAAGGCGCCCUCUGAUCAACCCAGGAAGAACAAACAUAAAGCCUCUGAGUCUGUCAGUGAUGCUCCCAAGGCCAAAAUCCAGCCAAAGGACCCAGAGUGCCCAUUCGGGGGAGAAGUGAUUAUAUGCAAUGCUGCAGUCAGUGACAAGGCUCCUGUGAACACAGCCAAGCAGCCGAACAGCAAAACUCAGAAUGCUGCAACCAGCAGAACCAAAAAAACUAAGAGCCAUGGGCAGGAAAAGACCAAGAGAACCAGAGGAAACAAGAAGGCAGGAGAGAAUAAGCCAUCAGGGAACAAAGUCAAGGCAGAGGAAAAGCCAAGCAUUCCCAAGAUGAAGCGAAAGAGAAAUCAACCUGACUUUAGCCAAGAGAACUUUAAAAAGCCUCGAAGCUGCCUAGGCAUGCACAUGCUGGAGUCUGUGCAGGUGUUUCAUGCACUGGGGAAGAAGAGUGAUAAGAAAACUGGACUCAAUUCCUCUCGGGUCCUGGGAAAUUCAAGCAACCCUAAAGACCCCCAGCCAUCCCCUGCUAUCAAGUCAUGGCUCAAUACCCCAUGUGAGGGUAAAGGUCCUGAGAAAACUCCAGUCAAAGCCCAGAAACCAGAUGGCAGUGCUGAAAAAGAGUGUCUAUCUCCAUCGCAGCACGAGCUGCCUCCUCCUGGGAAGGUCAAGUUAGUACCUUUGCCUUUUCCUACCCUGGACAAGCCUCAGGCUCGACCUGUUCCUCGGAGGCCACAGUCUCUGGCCUCAUAUCGGCCUGCUGUGGCUUAUCCUGCCUGGCCUGGUUCUACUAACUCAGCUCAACCUGCGGCAGUCAAUGCAUCCCGGCCAGCUCCUGCAUCUUUGCCAGGUCCUGCCAAACCAGCUCAGACAACUGUGACCAAUCCAACCCAACCGGGUUUGACCAAACCUACCCGGCCUAGCGUCCCUCAGUCUGCUGCUCCUCGGCCUGUGCCCUACAGAACUUCAUCCUGCACUUCUCUCCAGCAGGAGUCUGUUCCCCCUGCUGUGACCAAGCACCAGUCCCCACCCAAGCCUCAAACCCAGUUUCUACUCCAAGACUUCUGCUUCCAACCAAUUCCUUGGAGGAAACCCAAUGUUCCUGAGCCAGUAAUGUCAAAGCCCAUCACAAAAGAGCAGCGGCCAGAGCGGGAGGCCAUGAAGAGGAAGGCUCAACUAGAGCGUGAGAAUGCUGCUAAAUACACCUCUUUGGGGAAAGUGCAGUAUUUCAUUGAGAGGGAAAAAGAGAUGGAAAUUGCUCGAUACUAUGGGUAUGCCAUGUGAGAGCUGCUAGGAUUGUUGGUGCCACCUGGGGUACUAGUUGUUUUUCCAUAGAUAGAUAGGUAUAAAUUUCUCUAUUUAUUCUGAUAUAUUUUAAAACUUAAAACUGAACAAAUAUAAUAGAGUUAAUAGGCAAAUAAUAAAGAAGACUUUUGAAUUUGAGAUGAUGUUAACUGUGUCUUUUUUUUUUUUUUUUUUGGUUGGGGCAGGAAUCAAAGUCUGCACAAGAAAGGAAGGACUGAAUGUUGGAUGAGAGAAGGAGGGAAAAGGUGUAAAACCUGAGGAAAGAGGAAGGAACUUGGCCCAGGGCUAGGAAGGCCAAGAGAUUUUAUGGAUUUAUAAAAGGAAGCAGGAGUGGGGGAAAUGGUAGAAGUAAAAUGUAGGAUCUGAGGUUAGGGUUGAAAGAACAAAAUCUGAGUAGAGUUGAAGAUGACAGAUGAGUCUAGUUUGACAAGGAGAAACAGAAAAAGUGUCUCCUUGAGAUUGGCCAUAUGUCUCACCACCACUAGAUAGGUAUUUCAAGAGGUUCAGGACACCCCUCCGAAAGGUCUGAGUUACCUAAGGGUGAUGAUAGAGGGGAAGUGGGAAGUCUACCAGGUGAGUGGCAAGGGCUCAGCGUUAUCUUGGCAGCUGACAAGAGGGCGAGGGCCAAGUGAACUGCUGCAGCAGGAGGCUCAGGAACAGGGCCUCGGAUAGAAAGCACCAUUUACUCAACACCUAGGCACCAGGGCAGCAAUACACUGUUGAGUGAACCCUGGCAACAACAGGCAGGGCCAGUAUUCCUGUGCCUCUGCAUUCAGUGAGCUUCAGCAACAGGCUGAGGUCACAUCACAUGCGGAGGUACAAGGCCUCAAUCUGAGGCCCAAAGGCCCCGCAAAGUCCUCAGUAUUUGCAAGUUCCGGUAGGCCGCCAACCUGGCUUUUAGAGCAUAGCAUCCGGAGGUUUCUGGCGGAAGAGAUCAAACUUCUGCAGGGGCCGAAACGUUAACUUGAGGGGCUUCCUCCAUUAACCCGUGCGCGUGCUGCCUUCUCUAAAUAACGCCAUCAAAACAUCGC